AUUAAAUGAAGUGAAAAUACUUGAACAAUUACUGAUUAAAAUAACUGGUUAAGAUAUAUUGAGAACUGACGUCAUAACAAAAUUGAAAUUGUAAAAGGACUUUAUGAAAGUACUGUAUAUUCCUUAGCAUGUUUCUCAUUUCAGCAUCAUUAUUCUUUUCUAUGUUACAGUUUACAGAUUUCUUUACAUAAAUCACAAAUCUUUAGACUAAGCAAUUGUUACUUUCAUGGAGAAUUUCUGGUUGGAUAGCAGAAUUUAUCGACAACAUUAUCUGUAACUUGUAACUGCGUGGAAGAAUUUUACAAAUUAUGCAAAUUUUGGAAAAAUCUUCAUUGGAUUUCACAGCUUCGAUGAAAAUUUGACUAAUUUGGACUAUUUUGGACAAAAUUCACAAUUUUCUGUAACUUUUGAGCGUGUGGGAAAAACUCUACAAAUUCCGCAAACUUUGGAAAAUCAUAUUAUUGCAUUUAUUAUUAACCAUGAUGCAAGAUACCAACUCACAAUGGACACGGCUAGAAGGUGGAAUGGACGUAACAUCAACCCCACAUUCCAGUGUACAGCCACCCCAAACAGCAGCAAUGCCUAAACCAAGAGAAAGAUACAAAAACAAGUUAUUCAAAUUAGGAGUUACUGAAGUCGUCUUGGGUAGUUUAUCGAGCAUUUCUUGCAUUGUCACUUUAGUUCUCGCAAGUUUGACAAAAGAAUGGCCUUAUUAUGAGCCAUACUAUGACGAAACGUUUUAUCAUACUGUGUAUUACGGUCUAACAAACACAGCUCCUGGGCUCUGGUGUGGCGCUGUUAUUAUUGCAAGUGGAAUUCUCGGCAUCAAAUCAAAGACUAUACCUACUAUAUGCAUGUACAGGGCCAAUAUGACUGUUAGUAUCAUAGCAGCAAAUUUUAUGGGGAUUCUCUGUGUAAUGUCUGGAUAUAGCGCUGGUGAUUUGUACCCAUUAAGCCACACUUAUGGUGCAUUGGCGUUGCAUUCUUUAAUGGCUGUGAUAGGUUUUGUUGGCAUGAUCAUUUGCAUCGUGCAUUCGUCGUAUUGUUGUGCCGGGGUUUGUUGUAAAAAAACACAUAAAGGUGUUGUAAUAUACACAGCACCUACUGUGCAAUAUGCCCCUCAACAAAUGGUGCAACUGGCAAAUGGCCAAUAUAUGAUGGUGCCUGCUACAGCACCCCAGCCUAUGAUGUCAGUUUCAGGGGCUACAUAUCAGCCUGCUAGCCAAGUGCCACCUCAAGCAGUAUUAGUAGAUGCUCCGCCUCACGCACUGGCUCCCCAAAUGACAAAACAUCAAGAGGCCCAAAUGGAUAUUGAUCCACCCGAAUACACUGCGCAUGCUUCUGAUUAUCCGACAUGAUCAAAUACCUGGGGACUUGUAGACGAAAUGAAACCAUUGUAUAAUGUAUUCACUAUGUUUCGUACUUGUCAGAGCCCUGAGAUACGAUUGGAACGAAAUGAACUAUGUUUCACUUAUCAAGCAUUAACUUCAUAUAUAAUGAGUCACACUUCAUUCACGCCAUCUAAUAUGGAAGCGAUGGAAAGCCUGACUGGGUAUCGAGCAUUGUCCAGGGCUGCGAAUGGAGGUGCUGGUGUAUAUGGUGUGACGGAGCUUAUUUCUUGAUUUACUCCCGGCGCUAUGUGUGGUCAGUGCUUUUGCUAAUUUACCACGAUAUGUUUGGCUCUUCUUUGCUUGCAAUAGACUCCCCUUGCAGACAAGUAGCCCCAUGGCUGAAGAAAUGGGUGAAUUCAACUCACCACAACCUUCAGAAGGUUUAAUCGCUUUCAAAACCCACGAAAUCUAAAACUGAGCGAGAAAACCUAUGAUACAAUAUGGCUCAAUGAUCUGACCAUUAUGUCAUUGUCAGAUCGCAGUGUGCUAAUCAUUAAGAAUCCGCACCGUGGGUUCGAAUCACUUCAGGCUUUAAUUAUCGCUGGACUCUCGCCGUCAUAGGGUUGUUCACGUAAACGCUGGUCAGUUACGACUCAUCGUCAGCUCCCUCAUCGAGUCCAUGCAUCUGAAAACAAAUUACUGGCUAACUAACCCCUUACCCCCGACAUAGACUGGUCAGUGGUAACAUAUGAUUAAUCCGUGUUAUCGGCUCUCCUCUCCCUCAGGAUAAAUAUUUAAAUCUUAUCUUAUAUUGUAAAGUCGUGCUUCUGUGAAUUCUUAUUCCUGUGGACCCCAUUCUAUGAGGCUCUGGCUGGUCCGCAUUCAACUCUUGUCGCUCCCGAAGUAUGUGCACUAAGAUGGCGCGCAACCUGAUCCCUAACCUGGUACACAUACUAUGUUCAGGUUGUGCACCAUCUUGGUGCACACACUUAUGGAGGUCCCAACUUUUGUCAUGUACAGUACGCCACUGUGUUUUAUUAAAAUCCAUUAUUUUGUACAUUUAUUUUCUCAUUAAUUAUAACUAUCACUGUGCUUGCUGCUGUUCGUCAUUCCAUUAUUUGUUCGAUGCUCCCGAAGUAUGUGUACCAUGAGGUCGCACAACCUGAACAUAGUAUGUGUACCAGGUUAGGGUUCAGGUUGUGCGUCAUCCUGGUAUGAAUACUUCCGCCGUUUGUUCAAUCAUCUGCACGCAUAAUGCCGUAUUUCACCUCAAAGUUUUCUUGUAACAAGGUGCACGACUUUCAUUUUUAAUUUGUUUGUAUUGUCAGAAUAUGGAGUUUCAAAAUAAACUAUCUAUUGUUAGUCUCCAG